AUGACAAGCACCUAUUUUGACCCUUUCGAAUGGAAAUCUUAUUACUAUGGCUCUCUAAGCCGCGAUGAAGCUACAAAGAUUCUGUUAGGACCUUCUAUAAAGGUCGGAACUUUUUUGCUGAGAGCGACGACACGCAAUGCGGCUCAUUCUUUAAGCGUCAGGUUUCAGUUUUUCUUUGUACUUCUUUGAACUAUCCACUUUUAAAGAGAAGAAGAUGAAGGUCCAAACAUGGUCAGGCAUUAUUUGCUCGAAGAAGUUGUCCAAGACGAUGGAAACGUCCACAUCAAAGUUAAUCCUGUUCAGAUUUGAAUAACUAAUUGUUCAGUUCAGAUUCACACUCAGUGUUUCCCGGAUAUGCCUGCUUUAUUGAAUUAUUAUAAGAUGCGAAUUCUUGACAAAACUUCUUUGUUUUAUGCCUAUAAAAAGCCGAUAAUUGGAGAGGUCAGUUGAGAAUUAAUCUCUUUGAUAAGUAUAGUUUUGAGGUGAUGUGCACCCAAGAAUAUACAGCGACUAAAGAUGGAGAGCUUUCUUUUGAAAUGGGAGAUCGUCUCGAAAUAUUAGGUUUAAUCAUGAGUUUUGAAACAUUUAGGAUAGUUCUGUUUUAGCUAAGCGUUGUGACAGCUGGUGGGAAGCACGAAACAUGUCCGGAACCACUGGAUUAGUUCCGGCCAACUGUUUUGUGAGUUUCAAGUUUCUUAAAAAAGAUAAGAAGGGGAUUUACAGAAGGUUAUUUCAUAAAAAGUACUGGAAAAUAUUUUUCAAUUUUUUUCAGGAAGACGAGAAACAUGAAACGACAAAUGGAAGCUCAGCCGUCGUUAAACCGACGAUUGCUGCGGAUAGAUCUUCCGACGCUUCUUCCAGCAGCGACCCUCUCUAUUCAGAACCUCAGGUGACUGUUGGGUAAAAUAUGAAUUUUUCAAAUUUCGAAAUGCCUCUUCGUUUCUAUAAGAACCAUACCACUUUUUUUCUAAUUUCUCUGAACAUAGUGACCAUUUUUCUUUUUUUGUUCCAAAUUUCAAUCAUUGGAAUUAUCAGAUUUCCUGAAUUUUUAACUCCACGACUAUAAUUUUCCUGGCUUCAUUAGAUUAAGUCUUGAUUUUCUUUCAUAGUGAAGGCUAUAUUUUACAAACUUGAAAUUUCGAGUUUUUAAUAUUGAGAGCUCUCAUAUCAUGUAAACCUAAAUUUUUUAAUUUCAGACAACAAUUUUUCUCUUAAAAUUGGUUCUCACUAAUCUCAGGUCAGCCAUAUAUAUUCAACCAUAAUCCCAAGAAAAAUAAGAAUCAGUGCUAGAAAAAAAAUUAUUUAGCCUAAUUCUGUUGCUUUUUUUCUAAUUAAUGUCGCGAGUCCGAAGAUAAAAAAACCGAGAAAAAGCUCGUUUAAAUUUUGAAAUUUUGAAAUCAUAUUCAGUGCAUCUUUCGGAUCAUUAUCGACCUUGCUUGAAAUACAAAAAAAUCCGUUUUAAUUUUAUUUCUUACAUCAGGAUGACAGCCCUCGAAGGCUUUUAUCUUUUCAAAUAUCCUCUUUAAGAUGGUCUUUCCAACAAUGGUCGAAGUGGCUUUUGACCGACAGCCAAACGCCUAUGAUCCUACCCAGUUGUGCCUCAAGGUACCCCCUUAAAAAAAAAUUAUACUAAAUUCUUGGUUUUCAGAAAGGCCAAAUGGUGAAACUAUUGAAAAAGCUGACAAACGGGAUGUACGAAGGAGAAUUAGACGGCCGCCAAGGCUUCGUCCCCUUCACUUACAUCCGAUUUUUACAUUCCGACGAUGAUUCUUUAGUUGACGAGUCUCGAAGUAUGUAGUUUUACCUGUCUGUAUAUAUUUACUGAACUAGAAAUCGCAUUUUCCAUCUUGUCAUUCCUGUAAAAAGAUUUUCUUGUACUAUGUAUAGUGUGUGGUAGCACAAUAAAUUAGUUCUAACUUUUUGUUUUGUGUUUUUUUUACACUUGAAAGCGUUUCAUGCGCUUCGUUAGUAUAUUUGAGUUCAUACCUCUUUCUCAAAGAAACAAUUUUUUUCCAUUUCUCUAAUUUUAAACUUGGUUCAGAACACCCAACAGUAAUUUUAAAAAUUCGAUAUCUUUUUAAAGUUCAAUCAAGAUUCCUGAGUUUUAUAACAACCAAGCAAGCUAACAAUGAAAUCUUCUAGGACCUUUGGAAACCUUAGAAUAAGUUUCCCCAACAAGUCACUAAAUUUUUAUUGAUAGAUUUUUUUUCCUGGUAUAGCUUAUUAUCACUAAAUUUUAAACUUAUAAUCAAAGCUUCUUUUUCACACUUUUACGAUUUUUCACAACUUCCUAUUGUAGUAUUCUCACUGAAGGCUGCUUGAAGUAUCACUAGUCAAAAAAGCAGUUUAAAUCAAUGCUUACUUGAGUCUUUGGAAGGCUCUUUCGAACUUUCAUCCUAAGUCUUCCAGAAGCGAUCCCAAAACAGAUCCUUGUUUUCCAUUUCCAUAUGAUAUAUAAAAAAGUUUAGAAUGGAUUUCGAAUAUAUAGCUAGGACGAUUCGCGGACCAGGAGUCAGCGAAGAAGAGUGGGAGGAAGAAUUUCAAGGUUGCGACUGCGAGGUCGAGUGUACAGCUUCAUCUGGAUGCUCUUGCCUUCUGAGAGCACAGGUAAAGUUUAAAAUAGUUUUUCGAGAUUGAAAAUCUUUAUUAGGAUAACUAUGAUUCUGAAGGUCGUCUGAUCGAUCCCGACGGUCCGCCGAUUCUGGAGUGCCACGACGGCUGCAGUUGUCUUCUCGAUGAAGAAUCAACUUGCAGAAACGCCGUUUUGUAUAAAGGCGUCGUGAAGAAACUCGAGGUCAUUUUUUUGCAUUUUUCAAGGUAUUUUUAUUUUGUGGUUUCGAAAAAAAAAAUAUCGAAGUUUACAUCGGCAACAACUAGGUAAUCUCGGUUUAGACUUUUUGGAAAAGUUUGCAGGAAAUUUAAAACGCGCUAAAAUUACUUUCCCUUUUCAUCUGGUUUUUGAAAAGAUAUCGUUCGAUUAUUUUUCAAUCAAUCUCUAGGUUUUUCGGGCAUCUGAAGGCAAAGGUUUCGGCGUCAAAACGAAGGAGCCGUUGACCUGCGGCGAUUUUGUCUGCGAAUACGCGGGGGAGUGUAUCGGUAGGGAUGAGGUAGAACGACGUCAUCUUGAGCACAUGAACGAGGACAACUUUACGCUCACCCUCAAAGAACAUUUUGGCGGUUCGUGUGCGAGAAAUGAGACUAGCUGAUAUUUCCUUCAGCUGAAACGAUUGUCACUUUCAUCGACCCGAGAAAGAAAGGCAACAUUGGCAGAUUCAUGAACCACAGCUGCGAACCGAAUCUUCAAGUGGUCGUUGUUCGGAAAGGAACGAUGAUUCCAGUCGCCGGGCUUUUUGCCAAAAGGUUUGUAUUUUACUCGCGUGAUCAAGAAGGCGUCAGAAAUGUUUUUUGAAACUUGUUUUUUUGUAAUAAGGCAAUAGAGAUCUUGAGUCACUGCGGCUACAUCAAAAACAAUCAUUUUUAUGGCUAAGUCGUGCGAAAGUUCGACAAACAAAUCGAGUGUGAUUCAAUUUAUGGUCUUUGUAGGAGGAGUUUUUUUUUUAUUUUAGCCGUACGGAGCUCAUAAAGUUCGGACUUCCCUAGUGAGCACUAGCCUACAUCAGAAAGCUGUAGGCUAGUGCUCACUCUCCAUUUUUAAGCUUUGAAAGGUUUAAAUUUUACAUCUUUUUGUACCUUUUUAAUUUUUACUACUCUGUGACCUAAGCUAUCAAGACAAGACCUGGUAGAGCCUUUACAUUCCGAGAUUGAAAAAUCAAAGAAACUCGCUCCACCCAACUACGCUCUAAGUUGGUUCAACCCGCAUCGAAAGAGAAAAAAAAAGGCAAUUUUCCGUUUCAGAAAUAUCGCAGCCGGCGAAGAACUUUGCUACGAUUAUGGCGAGUCUCAAAUCGAUCCAGUAAAUGCUAGAAAGUAUGGAAAAAUAUCUGAAAACCUUCCUUAUUCUGUUCAGAUGCCUCUGUAGCACUCCAUCGUGUCGCGGCUUCCUUCCAAUGUCUCUUACUGCCUCUGAAUGA